CUCGAAAUCAACAAUGUAUCCUUGUGGAAAAUUCCUCAAACACAUUCCUUCUCCCUUCCUUCCUCGUUUCUCUUCCAUUACGCAUUCAUCACACUCUCUCAUCAUUGCCAUCGACAAUCAUGAUGUCUUUCGUUACCAUCCUGUCAUUUCUCUUCGCAACGAUCCUCAUGGUGGUCUCUGCACCUGUGGAGACACCAGCAGAGCUGGACAAACGAACAACUCAUACUGGAAGGGGUACCUGGUUUGAACCCGGUUUGGGCAAUUGUGGCAAAUUCAAUACUGCCAACGAUCCUAUCAUCGCUAUUCCGGAGACUCUCUAUGACGAGAAUCAUGGAAGUAAUUGCGGCCAGUGGAUUCACAUCGUCGAUGAGAGCACUGGCAAGGUCGUCUAUGGCCGUACAGAAGAUAGUUGCCCAAGCUGCGGCGGCGGCGAUCUAGAUAUGUCGCCCGCCGUGUUCCAACAAUUUGCUUUUCUCGAUGUCGGCAUCUUGUCCAUUUCUUGGUACUUCAUGCCCCAAGGGUGGUCGCCUUAAGACGUUUGUCCUCGUUUGUCCUGUCCCCUUCGAUCCAACAACCAUAGAGGUCACAGAAAUAAC